CACCGUGUAUAGCCUGAUUUUCUGUGUCGUAUCGAUCUCGGAUGUGGUUAACUUUACGGGUGGUAAACCUCUAAAUGAACUCAGUGCCUCGAUUAAGAUUCAGCAACCUGUAUUUGACUUGAACAUAAGCGGAUCAAGACAGUAAGGUCUGCCAAAACGUUGUUCUCUGUCACAUUAUCAGGAUUAUAUGACGACGCAGAGACGCCGCUCAUCGUGGAUUUGGGGAAUGUGAGCGCGCGUUUAUUACAAGGAUUGUGAACGCGUGCGGAGAGUGUUCUGAGAGGCUCUUCUGUACGUGGCAGCGAAAAAUCACUGCAAAACAGCUGAAACAUAGCGGAGGAGUCGCUAUAAAGCUCCUUCAGCGGAUCUGUCCCAUCACACGUUCACACUUCCAACUCAAACCGAGGUUUUGCUUGACAAUGGCAACAAUUCUGGUGUUAACGCUGUUGACUCUGUCGUCCUUCUCUUCUCCCGCGCAAGCCGAAAUCUUCACAUCAAUUGGCCAAAUGACAGACCUGAUAUUUACAGAGAGGGAGCUUGUCCAAUCCCUGAAAGAAUACAUUGAAGCAGAAGAGACGAAACUUGAAGCUGUUAAGAGCUGGGCUAAUAAACUGGAUACGUUGACACGUGCGUCCACAUCGGACCCUGAAGGCUUCCUGGCUCACCCGGUGAACGCCUACAAGCUGAUGAAGAGACUCAACACUGAGUGGUCUCAGUUAGAGAGUCUGGUGCUGCAGGACCCAUCAGAUGGCUUUAUAUCAAACAUGUCUAUGCACAGACAGUAUUUCCCAGAUGAGGAGGAUGAGAAGGGAGCAGCCAAAGCGCUCAUGCGUCUGCAGGACACGUACAAACUGGACUCGGAAAGCUUCUCUAAAGGCAAACUGCCAGGAGUGCGCUAUAACGCUCAGCUGACAGUGGAUGACUGCUUUGACAUGGGGAAACUGGCCUACAAUGAGAACGACUACUAUCAUUCAGUGCUGUGGAUGCAGCAGGCGCUCAGACAGAUGGACUCGGGCGAAGACGCCAAGACGCCCAAGGCUGAUAUUUUAGAUUAUCUUAGUUACUCAGUCUAUCAGAUGGAUGACUUGCCACGAGCCAUUGAACUCACCAGACGCUUGGUGGCCAUCGAUCCCAGUCACCAGAGGGCAGGAGGAAACCUGCGCUACUUUGAGCGGCUGCUGUCUAAGGAGCUGAGGGACAAGGGUCGCAGCCAGCAGGAGCCUGCAGACGAGAGGCCCAUUCAGCUGGACACGUAUGAGCGGCCCAAAGACUACCUGCCCGAGAGAGAGGUCUACGAGGCCCUCUGCAGGGGAGAGGGAGUCAAAAUGACUAUCAAGAGACGUAGCCGGCUGUUCUGCCGUUAUCAGGAUGGCAACAGGAACCCGCGUCUGCUGCUCAAACCGAUGAAGGAGGAGGAUGAGUGGGACAGUCCUCACAUCGUUCGCUUUCUGGAGGCCCUCUCUGAUCAAGAGAUAGAGAAGAUCAAGGAGCUGGCCAAACCCAAGCUUGCGAGAGCCACAGUGAGAGACCCAAACACAGGUGUUCUGACAGUCGCCCAUUACAGAGUUUCCAAAAGCGCGUGGUUAGAAGGGGAAGAUGAUCCGGUGAUUGCGCGGGUCAAUCAGAGAAUAGAGGACAUCACUGGAUUAACUGUAGACACUGCUGAACUUCUCCAGGUGGCUAACUAUGGCGUUGGAGGUCAAUAUGAACCACAUUUUGAUUUCUCAAGGCGUCCUUUUGACAGCAACCUCAAGGUUGAUGGAAAUAGACUUGCCACCUAUCUCAACUACAAAGAUGAACCUGAUGCUUUCAAAUCAUUAGGCACUGGAAAUCGUGUGGCUACUUAUUUAAAUUAUAUGAGUGAUGUUGAGGCUGGAGGGGCGACAGUUUUCCCUGAUUUUGGUGCUGCUAUUUGGCCUAGAAAGGGAACAGCAGUGUUCUGGUACAACCUCUUUAAAAGUGGUGAAGGAGAUUACAGAACGAGACAUGCAGCCUGUCCUGUUCUAGUAGGCAGUAAAUGGGUUUCAAACAAAUGGAUCCAUGAGAGAGGUCAAGAGUUCAGACGCCCGUGUGGCCUGACUGAAGUGGACUGAUCUUGAGUUCGGUUCUAACCGCAGUGCCUCGACUCUGCAAACACAGACACGAUCAGACACUCCAGAUGCCUCAAGAACGUACAUGAGUUCCAGUCAGGACUAGCUGCUGUGAAACACAAGCAGGCUGAGUUUUGUGGGCCAUUCUGUGUGGAAGGGAUUCUCUUUUAUUUAGAGUGUUUUCAUUUAACCCUUGCUUUACAUUUCUUGGCAGAUUAAACUGGAGUAUUAUGUCAUGGUGGAAAUCUCAUUGCGUUUAUGUAAUACAUAAAUUAUUGUUCUGUUCUUCAGUGUUUAUUUUAUAUUCUUAUAUGGUUUGCAAUAAAAAUGUCUAAAUGUAA